AUCAUUGUUAUAUGGAUGUAGAUGGAUCCCUCUUUGAGCCGCGAGCUGUUGUGUAAGCAAGCAGCUGCCUUGACAGUAGUGAUGGUUUCAUUUGUUACAACUAGGCUUAAAAGAAAAAGGUUUGAUCCUGAAGUAGAGCCUGACCCUCUAGUCUAUGUACUUAGGGAACAAAGUGAACUUCACAGACAGAGGACCCUCAACAUGAUUUACAACUCCACUGAUGUAGAGUGCAUUUCUAUGCUUAGGAUGAAGAGAGCCCCUUUUUUUGCUUUAUGCACGACCUUUAGAGAGAGGGGACUGGUAACUGAUAGGGAGGGGGUGUCAGUAGAGGAGCAAGUUGCCAUGUUCUUGCAUGUUGUUGGUCACAACCAAAGGUUCAGAGUUGUGCACCAGGCCUUUAGGAGGUCCAUUCAGACAGUACACAAGCACUUUCAUCAGGUUUUGUAUGCUGUUGGAGAGCUUAGGAAGGAACUUAUCAAGGCACCUAGCCCUACCACUCACCCAAAGAUCACUGGAAGCUAUAGAUGGAAUCCAUAUUUAAAGGACUGCAUUGGUGCCAUUGAUGGCACCCAUGUGCUGGCAAGGGUGCCUAGACACAUGCAGCAAGCUUUCAGGGGUAGGAAAACUAACCCGACACAAAAUGUGAUGGUUGCUGUGGACUUUGACCUCAAGUUCACAUACGUUCUAGCUGGCUGGGAGGGGUCUGCCCAUGAUGCACUUAUCCUGGCUGAUGCCAUUGAGAGGGAUGAUGGGUUCACUGUCCCACAAGGUAAAUUCUACUUGGUAGAUGCGGGGUAUGCAUGCCGCACUGGCUUUCUACCCCCCUUCAGGGGGGUUAGGUACCAUUUGAGUGAGUUUGGGAGCAGAAAUCGACCUACCAAUGCAAGAGAACUGUUCAACCUGAGACACUCAUCACUUAGAGUAACUGUGGAGAGGGCUAUAGGUGCAUUGAAGAACAGGUUUCGUAUCUUGGACAACAAGCCCUUUCACAAGUAUAAGACACAAGUCAAGCUUGUGUUGGCAUGCUCGAUCCUGCAUAACUGGAUUUUAGGCUUUGGCAUUGAUGAAAUAGUGCCUGAUGAGGAGGGUUUCACUGGCACACAACAAGAUCCACUAGAUGACAAUGGUAGCCAGAGCCAAGAAUCCAGUGCCAUGGCUGCAAAGAGGGAUGCCAUUUGCAAUGUUAUGUGGGAAGGGAGGGGAAGCUCUAGGAUAUGAUGGUUUGUUUACCCUGCUAUGGAACUCAUGUUUGUUUGAUGAUAAUGUAAUAAUAUGAUGGACAUGGCUGAGACCAAUUUUUUUAUUCCCAUUUGACUCUUCUUGUUGUGCUGAUAUUAUUAUACUAAUUUGUACAUGCAAA